AUGUCAGGAUUUAAUAUUGCUACACCCUCAAUGGCUACACCUGCUAUGCAGACGCCCGCUAUGCAAACGCCUCUUCCUUCUACUCCUUUUGCUCUUCCAACUACACCUGCACCUAAUGAUGCUCCUACACCUAGUACUACUGCUAACAGAGAUUCCAAUCCUCAUGCUGUGGCUGGUAUUACACCCACACUACAAAAUAUUGUUGCCACUGUUAAUUUGGAUUGUCGUUUAGACCUUAAAACUAUCGCUCUUCAUGCGCGUAAUGCAGAGUACAAUCCAAAGCGUUUCGCAGCUGUUAUCAUGCGUAUCCGUGAUCCAAAGACCACUGCUUUGAUUUUCGCUUCUGGUAAAAUGGUGGUUACUGGUGCUAAAAGUGAAGAUGAUUCAAAACUCGCUGCACGUAAAUACGCUCGUAUUAUUCAAAAGUUGGGAUUCCAAGCGAAAUUUACGGAUUUCAAGAUUCAAAACAUUGUUGGUUCUUGCGAUGUCAAAUUCCCUAUUCGUCUUGAAGGUUUAGCCUACUCUCACGGUCAUUUCAGUUCUUAUGAACCUGAAUUAUUCCCUGGCUUAAUCUAUCGUAUGGUCAAACCUAAAAUUGUAUUGUUAAUAUUCGUCUCUGGUAAAAUUGUAUUGACUGGUGCAAAAGUCCGUGAAGAAAUCUAUCAAGCCUUCCAAGCCAUAUAUCCUGUGCUUACUGAAUUCCGUAAGCCCUAA